AUCUAAAUUUCAAAACCCCUUUUUUUAUUCACACUUUUAUCGCCCCACUAAAACAACCAACCGCCGCAACCCUCACUCAGGCGAUCAAAAUUAUGGCGAAAUCAAAAAAGAGAAAUAAAUUAUCAUCAUCAUCACAAGCUAUCGAUUCAAAACAACGGUCAAAGAAACACAAAGCCUCUUCUUCUUCAUCUGCUACAGCCAUUGUCGAAGACGCGCGAUUCAUCGGUGAACCGGUUCCGGCUGAUCAAGCCAGAGAGAAGUGGCCACAUCGUUAUCAAUCUACGAAUACAGUGAAGGUUACUGCGUCAUCUAACGGUGAGUUGGAGGUUGUUCAAGCUAGGUGCCAUUAUACGAAAGCUAGUGUCGAUGGCAUUACCUUUGAUCUGUAUGAUGACGUUUAUGUCAAGGCUGAAAAAGAGCCUGAUUUCAUUGCUAGGAUUGCGGAGAUGUUUGAAACUGUUGACAAGGAGUUGUAUUUUUCAGCUCAGUGGUUUUUUAGAGCUGAGGAUACGGUAAUUAAAACUGAGGCUCACCUCAUUGACCACAGAAGAGUGUUUUAUUCAGAAAUGAAAGAUGAUAACCCACUAGAUAGCAUUGUCUCAAAAGUCAAAAUUGUUCAUCUUCGUCCAAAUGCUGACAUGGUGGAGAAAGAGAAGGCACUUACCUCAUUCGAUUUUUACUAUGAUAUGCAAUAUUCCGAGCCUGUUACAUUUACAACCUUACACCCAGUUGCAGAAAGUAUUGCCGUUGAGAGUGAUGGGUCAUCUAUAGUUUCAGAUGAAGUCAUCUCAGAUGGUGUGGAGAAAUCCAAUAAAGUUGCAAAAUCUACUAACAGUCAUAAAAAUGAAAAGUCUGAGAUGACAUUAUUGGACUUGUAUUCUGGUUGUGGUGCAAUGUCAACUGGGCUUUGUUAUGGCACAACUAUGUAUGGUGUGAAACUGGUUACGAAAUGGGCUGUUGACAUCAAUAGUCAUGCAUGUGAAAGUCUAAAGCUCAACCACACUGAAACUGAGGUGAGAAAUGAAUCCGCGGAUGACUUUUUGUCAAUGAUUAAAGAAUGGAAAAAUCUGUGUACUCAGUAUGGUUUGCUGGGUACUCCACGUGGUGAAGACACAACUUUAAAAUCCGAAGAAUGUAAUUUUGAGGAGGAUGACGACAACCACAAUUCGUCUAGCGGUGAAUAUGAAGUACAGAAGUUGGUAGCUGUUUCUUAUCGUCAACCUAGCAAAGGCAAGAAAUCAAAAUUGCAUUUCAAGGUGCGAUGGAAGGGAUAUGGUCCCAGCGAAGACACAUGGGAGCCCUAUGAUGGUUUGAGCAAUUGCAUGGAGUCUAUAAAGGAUUUUGUAAGCAAGGGAUACCACUCAAGGAUACUGCCUCUUCCUGGUGACGUUGACUUCAUUUGUGGAGGUCCUCCAUGCCAAGGAAUCAGUGGUCAUAAUCGCUUCAGAAACCCUACUGAUCCGUUAAAUGAUCCAAAGAAUCACCAGCUUGUGGUCUACAUGGAUAUCAUUGACUUUUUAAAGCCAAAGUUUGUUUUAAUGGAGAAUGUAUGUGAUAUCGUCAAAUUCGCAGAUGGUAUCUUAGGGUAUCAUGCAGUAGGCCGGCUUGUGUCUAUGAAUUACCAGACACGCUUGGGGAUAAUGGCAGCAGGAUCAUAUGGUGUUCCUCAGUGCCGAUUUAGAGUUUUCCUUUGGGGUGCUAACACAAUGAUGAGUUUGCCCCUAUUCCCUUUGCCAACCCAUAAAGUUAUUGGGAAAGGCGUUGUUCCCGUCGAAUUUAAGGAUUGUGUUCUUCGAUGUGAUGACAAGUCAUACAAGAGUGUAUUGCUCGGAGAUGCUAUUUCUGAUCUUCCUGAGGUUACGAAUUACAACGGGAAAGAUGAAACAGAGUAUGUGGGUGCCCCACGUACAAGUUUCCAGAAAUAUAUUAGACUAAGGAAGGCAGUGUCAUCGAAGAAAAAUAUACUUUAUGAUCAUAGGCCGCUCAAACUUAAUGAUGAUGAUUACGCUCGGGUCUGCCAAAUCCCGAAGACAAAGGGAGCAAACUUUAGGAAUCUACCAGGGGUGAAAGUAGGCAAGAAAAACAAAGUAGAAUGGGACCCUUCGGUUGAAAGAGUCAUGCUACCUUCAGGAAAACCUCUGGUUCCAAACUAUGCAAUGACGUUUGUUCGGGGAACUUCCAAAAAACCGUUUGGCCGCUUGGGCAUGGAUGAUAUUAUCAAAACUGUAGUGGGUAGAGCAGAACCACACAACCAGGUGCUGCUCCAUCCUAACCAGGAUAGAGUGCUUACCGUUCGUGAAAAUGCACGUUUACAAGGAUUCCCUGAUCAUUAUCGACUGUGUGGACCUAUUAAGGAGAGGUACAUUCAAAUUGGCAAUGCAGUUUCAUUUUCUGUAUCAACUUCAUUGGGUUUUGCAUUAGCCCAGGCAAUUCUAGGUGUUUGCAACAGUAAACCGUUGAAACUCCCAGUAAAGUUUCCUGAUUGUCUUGCGCGACUAUCUUCAGUGAAACAAAAUCUGGAAGAUCAGGAAUGAUGAUGAAAUUAUGCAAGUCCUCCUAAAAGGCAAUUCUGAGUAUUUCAUGAGUGGAUAAUUGAGAUUUGCUUGUCUUUGUUGUUGAUGCCCUAUUAGUUUAAUUUAACAAUGGUUCUUCUUCCGUCAUUUAAUUGGUCUAAUUUAGCCAAAACAAAGUGAAGCAUUAGGUAUCAUGUACUGUCGGAUAACGUUAGAUUCUUCAAGUGACAUGGUGGGACAUAUUUAUGAAUAUUCAAAUUUUUAAUGUAUAAAUAUUUACAUAAUUUUGUA